AGAGCACACAGCCCGCUGCAGUGUCCAGGGGACAUCAGUGCGCGUAAUCACGCCGCGCCGGUUGGUAGGUGUGUUAAGGUGAGGGUGUAUUAGGGACCGAGUGCUUUGGUAAACCCGCUACUUCGAUGAGCAACAAACGAGAGAAGGGCCUGGUAUACAGUGCGCCCAUCGGACUAUGCCUUCCCCAACUUGGGAGGGAAGCAAAGCGGAGACCGGACAGACAGAGGACGGAGCAGCGGAGAGCGACGACAGGGAGAGAGGGACUGGCGGCCGUCUCCUGUGCGCUCUGGAGAUGGAGAUGACAAACCGCAGCCUGCACGGCGACUCCAAAGUGGACUGUGUAAAUUGCGAUGGCUUGAUCAGUCGAAACGGCGGGGACUCGGCAGAAGUAUCCGUGCCGCUGUCACUUCCCGGGAAGCGGACAACCCUUAUGGAAGGGGACGACCUCCACAGACUGCGAGACAGAAAGGUUUUAUUAGAGGAUAAAAAGCGCCUUUGCGCGUUGGCUUUGGGGACCGCUCUGCUCGGGAUACUGCUCAUGAUAAUCCACGCCGAGCUGUGUCCCUUCAUUUAUAAACCGGGUUCAAACAUCGACUUAAUCAUCAACUGUUCAAUCAGCCUGUCCACUGGGUGUCUGCUCAUCUUCAUUAUAGCUUUCCAUUAUAAGGACAUCAGGCUGUUCGUCAAUGACCACAACCAGUUGGACUGGCGUAUUGCCAUGACCAGCCACAGGGUUCUUGUGAUCACUCUGGAGCUGUUGGUCUGUUCCAUCCAUCCUGUUGGCACAUACUGGAAGGUGGGCCCCCAUGUCAACUCCUCUUCUACAGCUCCGCUCUGUGUUUCCAACCAUCACAACGACGUCCUGGUGGACAUGGAGCUGCUGUUAUCAGUGCUGAUGUUCCUCCGCUUGUACUUGGUGCACAGAGCCAUCCUGCUGCACAGCAAAGUGCUGCUGAGUGCCUCCUAUCGGAGCAUCGGCUCGCUCAACAACAUCAACUUCACUUUCCGCUUUGUGCUCAAGGUACUGAUGAACAAACACCCGGCACGCGCGCUGCUGGUCUUCAUCCUCUUCUUCUGGCUCACUGCGUCCUGGAUGCUUACUCUGUGUGAGAGACAGACCAGCAGACAGACCAGCGUAUCAACAGGCCACAUGGACACAGCCCUGUGGCUCAUAGCCAUCACCUUCCUCACAGUGGGCUAUGGGGAUGUGUCGCCCUCCACCAGCUGUGGCAAGGCGGUGUGUCUCUUCACUGGAGUCAUGCUGAAAAGAGGAAAACAGGGUGUAGCCUGCACUGCCAUGCUGGUUGCAGUUGUUACCAAGAAGCUGGCGUUGAACAAAGGAGAGAAACAUGUGCAUUUCUUCAUGCUGGACAUCCAGAUCUCUAAAAGGAUCCGCCACGCUGCUGCUAACGUGCUAAGGGAAUGCUGGCUUCUGCAUCGCACAAACCUGACAAAGGGCAACCGCGGUGAGCACAGAAGACACCAGAGAUGCCUUCUGGAAGCCAUCAGAGUAUUUCGGCAUUUACGCCUCAAACAAAGACAACUGAGAGAUUACGUAAGCGAGAUGGUGGACCUCCCUAAGAUGCAGAUGAUAAUGUGUGACCUGAGUGCCAACUGGAAUAACUCCUAUCGGGAGCUGGAGCAGCGUAUCCUCUCCAUGGAGCAGAAGCUGGAUGAACUGAGUCGCUGCUUCCAACAAACCUCCGAGCUGCUGUCUCAGGUCCUGCGUCACCGCAACCCAGAGAUUAGGUGACAUGGCUCUAUGCAUUUUGUUAAGAACGGAGACAGUUGACUGCCUUCAGUGUUUUCAUCUACAAUAUCCAUGAAAAUGAGACGGUAAAUCUUCUCCACCCAGAGCUGCUCCAGACUCUUAACAUGCUGAACCACUUGGAGGACUGGCAUACCUACUAAAGAUCUCAUCUUCUGGCCCUGUGCAGAGUGCACUGCACAGUGACUCAUAGCAGUAAAAUUAUACAGAUAAAAUAAGACUUCCAUUCACUGUGGGAGAAGAUUCCCUACACAUUUUGAGAAAUCAGUUGUGAUUUCAGCAGUCGUGUUUGUGACAGUGAAAGAAC